AGUGACGACAUUAAAAAUGUCUGCUGCUUCGUUUGAAUCUAGCUCUUCAGUUCUACGCCAACGUGCUCUUUUUUCUUCGGCGAAUCCUCCUCGUGGGAAUUCACCUAUCGAUUCGCGAGUAUCUGUUCCUGAUCAUGAUAUUUUAUCUAUUUUGCCUAAUAGUGUUCGUGGCAACUCACGCGAUCGAGAUAGUCGUCCACGUGGUGGCCAUGCUCGUAACAUCUCAACUCAGCGCGAUCGGGAGAUUCGUCCUCUUGAUAGCCAUGCUCGUAGCAACUCAACUCAGCGCGAUCGAGGCAAUCGUCCACGUGGUAGCCCGUCCCGAUCACGAUCUCAUUCCAUCCCGCGUUCGCGUACACGCUCAGCUUCCAGGAUUCGGUCUCGCAGCCGUUCGCCAAACAUGGUUGCUGCCAAUGAAAAAACGUUUAGCAUUUCUGCUUCUAAAUCACGUCAGGUUCGUAAGUGGCUAGUUCAAGGCUUACCUAACAGCGAGGCCAAGGCAUUGCGCCUGAACUUCAAGCCAGUUUUCGACAGUUCGUUUGAUUUAUUUUGCCCUAAGCUGGAUGAGUCCAUGGAAAGAAAGUGGCUGAGAGCCAUGAACCUGCCUAAAUUGAAAGACUUUCAAGAGACUAUGUUGAAGUCAAUUCAAUAUCAGAUGAUAGGCUCAAUGCGGCGAAUGCUGCAUGCCUGGAACCAGAUGAGAGUGGACGAUCCGUUAUUGAACAGUGUAGAAUCAUCUCUCCGUUUAAUGGGCUCUGCAUUUGCAAAUGUUUCCAAGUUGCGACGUGAAAAUGUGAUUCGCCAUGUGGCGCCGUCCAUGAAACCAUUGCUGAAGGACCCACGGGCAUUCUCUUCUCGUGAGUGUGAGCGUUUGUUUGGCUCAAAAUUCAUUGACGUCAUGGUAAAAGAAGUUGAUGACGACGCCAAGUUGGUGAAAAUCGGACGCGAUGGCGGUCCCUCGCACAGCCAGAAUGGUGGCGAUUCCAAUCGGCGCAAUGGCGGCCGCGAUCAAAGCUCGUACGUCAGCCGUAAUAACCAGAGUAGUGGUUUCAACAAAGGCGGGAAGAGUGACAAGGGGAACCCCUACUUCAGGCAGACGGCCCAGGGCGCCAACAACAGGUAUGUCUGGUCUCAUGGUUUCACACCCCCUAUUUUUCUGAAAAUGUCUCCCGUUCAGUCACAUGUUGGGGGUCGUUUGAGCAAAUUCACAGACGCAUGGCUCUCUCUCUUUCUGAUGAUCAAUGGAUCUUGCCUACAGUCAUUCACGGUUAUGCCAUUGACUUUUGUUCUUUUUUGUUUCUUGUUCGGUGGCCAAACCUUUUUUCUUAGUCUUUUUCGCGUGUGUGUGGGUCUUUGGCGCCGCCCCUCAACCUGUCUCGUUCGCUUUGAAGGUUUUUUUGGUCGUUGUGGACAAAUGAAAGCCAUAAGAUAUUGGCCGUGAUGAAAAACGACGGGAAUCU